UUCAUGUCGAUUGGUGGCGCCACCUUAUCACUUGCCACCCAAAAGCGCUAGUUUUACCCCCCAAAGAAGAAGAAAAAGAAGAGGGAGAAGAAGAAGAAAGAGGAGAAGAGGAAGUUACAAUUGACUUGUAGAAAAACUGUUUUACUGUUGUUGCAGUGCGGAUGGAGAGAAAAGAAAUAGAGAUGAGCAAAGAGGAGCUCCAAAGCUGGAUCAGAGAUGAGGUUCACAAAGCCAGGCUGUCCACUGCUAGCACUCUCAUGAAAUACCAGCUGCUGCAGUCUCUACUAGAAAGAAGGCAAACACAGGCAACCAGAUUUUUAAAGCUCUGUCAGUCUGUUGUGAUAUUUGAGAACACUGUGAAAGAACUGUACUCUCAGUUGGGAUGGGAGUACACCGACUUGGAUUCUGACGGUGAGAACGAUGAAGAACCCAUGAGCUGCAGGCGUACUUUACCAUUUGUGUUUGUUUCUUCGGGGGAUCGUAUUCACAGACCUUCAGCUUCCAGGGACUCAACUUCACAGUCACCAGUGUCAGAACUUGAAGAAUAUCAGGAGGAAAUUGUUAGUCAAAAAAACCCUGGUGUUGCUUUAGGCAAAGAAGCUAUGGUGGUUUUGAGUAAACUUACAAAUUCUGAGAUUUCUGCCAGUAUGCCCCCUCUUUCGUCUGACUCUGGCAGCGAUAACAAGGAAAAUUUAAGCUCUGCAGAGUCCAGUGUGCAGUGGGAACCAGACAAAGAGACGAGUGAAUCAAACUGUUCACUCUCAGAUUUUAGUACUGGAUCCAAAAAGAAGAGAAAAAUGAAUAAAAACGAACAAAAACAUGAAAAGCUCAAUUCGGCUUCCAAAAGAAGCAGAAUGUCUUCGCCAACAACCAGAAGGAGCAUGAGAUCAACAACUACCAUCAAAAAACCCAAUUACAAGGAGUGUGACGUCUCGGAAUCGUCAAGCUUAUCAACAACUUCAGAUAGUGACGAUGAAAGCAGCAAAGAAAAUGCUGCAGCACUUCGGUCCCUCUCUACAAAACUAACGAUGCGGCUCUCCGGCAAGACAAUAAAGAUAUCCCAAACCAGUGCAACAGUAGCAACAAAAACGCCUGGCAAAACCACAGAGACUAGAGCCCAGCCCAGCACAACAAACACUACGUCUGAAUCCUCCAAAACGCCAUCAACAGAGCCGUCCAAAACGCCGGUGUCAACAACAGAGCCGUCCAAAACGCCGGUGUCAACAACAGAGCCGUCCAAAACGCCGGUGUCAACAACAGAGCCGUCCAAAACGCCGGUGUCAGCAACAGAGAUGUCCAAAACAGUCAGUGCUAAGACUGUGAUCAAAACAAUCACACCACCUGCAAAGACAAAAAACUCCUUUGCCAGCCAGCAGUCCUCUAAAACGACCGUUGCUCCUCCAAGCGUGCCCAAAAGAGAAAUCAAAGUGAACAUGAACGUCCUGGCGAGAAAGCAACAUUUGUGCUGGCAACGAGGGAAAGUUGCAGAAAUAAUAACAAAAGAAGGUGGAAAGGUGAAAUACAAGGUCACUUUUGAGGAAAAGGGUAAAAUCCUCGUGUCUGGUCACCACCUUGCCUUUGACAACAUGCCAAAGUUGGAAGAGCUUUCUAUAGGCUGUCGUGUGGUGGUCAAGAUUUCAAAUGAGAAAGUGGAGUACAAGCCCGGCAUAAUGGCCGAGCUCCCUAGCCGAAAAAAUCGCAUGAGGUUCCUGGUGUAUAUUGAUGACCACACCCCCAUGUAUAUUGGCUUACCUGCACUCCAUCUGGUGUACAGAGCAUUGGACAAUCCUUUAGAUGACAUUCCUGAUGAAAUUCACAGGGACUUCAUGAAGGAGUAUCUGAAAGUCUGGCCUUACCCACCCCAGACCCAGUACAAAGUUGGACAGACUAUAAAGGCUGAUUAUGAAGGUGUCAUGCAGAAGUGUGAGGUCACCGCUGUUGACUGCAGCUUGGUUGAGGUCAUUUUUGAGAGUGAUAAACAUAAGGAGUGGCUCUACCGAGGCUCGCUACGCCUGGAACAUAUGGUCAGUAUGAGGUACAGCAUGUGGAAGAAGGAGGCUGCGGAAUCGGCAAAGAAACCUCUUUAGUCAAUGGAUCAUUAAAAUCAGCACAUUAGGUUGAGAAGAACCAUGUCUGGAAAGGUGAACAGCAUGCUGGCGCUCCAAGCUCCUGGUGGAAAUACUGCAGUGGUUUUUCAAAAUUCCUCUGGCAUUAUGCGACUUUGGCUGUUCCACUUACAGCUUUUCUUGAGUCAUCUGAGAGUUUGGACCAUUGAGGAAGCUUAAUUUACAUUACAUACAUUUUUUAAAUUACAUUCUCUGUAUUUGUAGAUUGGAAUAGUAUUAUUGAUCUUCUGAAGAUUCUACCUCAUUAAAACAGCUGAGGACUCGUAAUUUUUUUAUGACAGUUGUUUCUGUUCAAUUGCUUUUUUAGCAUACUUGUGUAGUCUGUGUUGUUAAAUAAAAACUGUGUUGUUUUUUGUGUAGUAUAAAGACUUUCCUUCAAGGUCUGUAAAAAGUGUUCACCCCCUUGG